GGCAGUCGAACCUCGAGCGUCGCAGUGCUUGGUCGUGUCUUGUCUCUCUGCCGAUUUCUGUUUUUCUGUUUUUUCAAAAAAUUUAAUUCCCACCAGUGUUUUACUAUAGAGAUUAAAAAAUUCGAAAUUUGUUUUUCCUUCAUUGUUUUUUCGAAACAAUAGAAAAUUAGAAACUCUUUUGUGUGAUCACUUCCGUUUGUCGAUUUGCAUAAAGAUCACGUGGUGCAAGUGGAGAUUAAGUGCGAAGAAGCUUUUAGCCGAGAAAACGUUUUUUGGAUUCUACUGAUUUCUGCAAGUGGGAAGAAGAAACUUUUUCCUUUUCAACAUGGUGUCCUAUCUCACGGUUGUUGCUUUCUCAGUUUUGUUGGCGGCGAUGGUGCUGGGCGCGCCGUCCGAGUCUUUGCUGUCGGACGAUCACGACGACUUUGAGGCGGCCGACGUCGGCGGUGACGACUACGACGAGGAGGAGGAGAUGAACUCGUCGUACAAGAAACCCAAUUUCACGUCGAUGGCCCAGCACUUCCGCGUCCGCAUGGGCGACAACGUCCGGCUGCCGUGCGAAGUCGACGAACUCGGCCCUGGCUACACUCUGCUGUGGAAGCGCGAGGAAGGCGACAUCCUGACGGCCGGCUCGGUUCUCAUCGUCAAGGAUACUCGCAUUUCGCACGAGGGCAAUUCCCUCAUCAUCCGCAACAUCUCGCUCGUCGAUCAGGGAUCCUAUAUCUGUCAGAUUUCCACACAAGAUCAAAGGGAACUCAGACAUGUCAUCGACAUUCUCGUGCCACCUAGUGUGAAACCUGUUCCGUCCACUGGACUCGCCGUCGUCAAAAAAGGAGAACCGGUGACUUUGUCUUGUGAAGUCGCUGGUAAUCCACUUCCGGUCGUCACCUGGACCCGAGAGGGAGCCAAGAAGUUCCCUGAUGGACAGAAAACCAUGCUGGGCCAUAUGAUUACAUUCGUCAAGACCGACCGACACCAUUCUGGCGUUUACACGUGCACGGCAGAGAAUUCAGAGGGCAGCCCGGCCAAGGGCGUCAUCAAUCUCGAAGUCACCUAUGAGCCGGAAAUCGAAGUGGAGUUGAACCUGGUAACCAUCGCCGAGGGAUACAACACGGAAUUGACGUGCACCGUUCACGGCGAGCCCAAGCCUAACGUCUUCUGGUCCAAAAACGGGGAACGACUCGACUCGGCCACGGGACCCAACACGCCCCACCAUCGCUACGUCCAGACGUCGACUGGCUCACGCCACGUCCUAUCGAUCGACAACGUCCAGAGUCACGAUUUCGCCAAUUACACCUGCCACGGCGAGAACCGAUUCGGCCGCGACCACAAAACCAUCGAAAUGACGGGUGUUGCCAGCACGGCGACGCUCAAGCGCAACAAACCGCUGACCAACGGCGUCGAGCUCGAGUGGGUCACAGUCAGUCACACUCCGUUGAUGGAGUACCGCUUGCGCUACCGACGCCCUUCGGCCUCUCACUGGGAAGAGCUUUUGCUCAAGGCUAACGAGCAGGAUUCUGAGCAAGGAGGCAUGCUCUUCAAUCACGUUCAUCAACUUCACGGGCUGGCGUCUGCGACGGAACACGAAUUGACCAUCGAGUCCAAGAACAAGUUCGGCUGGUCGAGACCACUCCACGUCGAGUUCACCACUUUGCCCGAAGGAGCAAGUGAAUCUUCAGUGACAGAAGCCGCCGUACACGAAGCCGGCCGAGUGACUGGCAGCGCUGCCCAUCAAACAAGCUGGUCUGCUGUUUCUGCCACCAUCGUUCUGACAUUGGCUGCCAUUCUUUGUUAGACAAGAAGACAAAAAAACAACCGAGAUAGGCGAAGGGAAAAAGAAUAAAAAGAUAAAUUGCGACCACCCAUGGACGUCAAAAAAAGAGCUCUCACCAUUCUUCGUCAGCAAAGUCCGAAAUUGGCCGCCGUUGUUAUUUUGAGAGAAAAUCUACGACUUUGGUCUUAUAAUAUACAUAGCCUUUUUUUUCUUAUUUUAUUUUCUAUUUCGACGGCACUUUGGCCGACGACUAUAAUACCAUCCGAGCAAGGCACCGUGUAAAGAGAAAGAAACAACAACAAAAACCUUCCCCCCCCCCCCCCCCCCCAUUUUUUUUCUUGUGCGGCUUUUCAGCUGAAAGAUGCAAAUCAAGUGCCGACUAUUUUAUUCCCCCCUUUAAAAUUGUUUUUAGUUUUUGACUUGUAAUGUAAGCUAAUGCUCUGGUAGCCGUUUAUUAUAAAAACAUAACCAUUCAUUUGUUUUUUUUCAUUAUUAUUAUUACAAAAAUUACUUCCUCCUUGUAGAUGCUCCUCCCUGCCAUGAGAAUUAUUUGAUGGGAGACGCCACAUAUGUGCCCAAUCUAGAUCACACAUACACACACCUCUCUUUUUACGCUGCUUAGUUUAAAUAUAUAUUUUUUUCUUUUUUUUAAACAAAUAUAAUACUGUAUUUGACUAUGUGACUUUCACCUAUCGCGAAGCCUUUUCGACGGAGACAAGUUUUUGUUUGUCAUUUUUUUUUCUAUAAAUGUGAAGUGUCUGUGUGUGCUACAAUCUUUUUUUUUGAUUUUGAUUUCUUUCUUAAUUUGUCUCGCUUCGAUGGGGAAUAAGAUACGACGACGGACCUGUUUCGCAAUUGGGAUGCAAACAAGAAAUGAAAGACAAACGCGUCCACCGUGUUAAUUAUAAUGCAGCGACUUAUAUAUUUCUUUGGUUUAUUUGUUUAAACUAAACUACUUUAUUUUUUUUUUCUUUCCUAACGACUUGCAAGUUUGCUCUAGCCUCGCCCCACUUUCUUCAUUUGAACAGUUUUUUCGUAUAUAUUUUUCCGGUUGUUUUUCCCCCCUACCAUUUUUGAUUCGUCCAUUGAUUUCCUUUUCAUUUGUUUUCUCCUCCUUGGAAUUGAAAGGGGAGAGAAGCUAGUUGUUGAAUUGCAAACAAAAAAAGAAGAAGAAGAAGAAGAAAGUGAAAGAAUGAGAUACAAAAUACAAGAUAUUCGUCGCCACCAACAAAA